AUGGCAGCCGAAAUACACUCGUCUCCCAGCACCGUGGGAAUUGAAGAAAAAAAUGCAUCUAUUGACUUUCUCUCUCAGAAUAUGAGAGAAAUGGUCAAGAAGAUCCAAGACCUUAGACAUUUAGGCAUCGAAAACCAUACCUUACCCUUACCAAAGAUUGUAGUCGUUGGCGAUCAAAGCGUUGGGAAAAGUUCACUCAUUGAGGGCAUGAGUGAGAUCAAAGUGCCAAGGAGUGCAGGAUGCUGUACGCGAUGCCCGCUUGAAAUAAACUUGUCUGAGAGUGACGGACCUUGGACGUGCCGGCUUCUUCUGAUGAAGAAGUACAUGUACGAUGCGGCAGGAAGAACUCGGGGGGCCACGAACGCUCGGCCAUUGGGUCCUUGGAUUGAACAAGACCCGGAAGAGCUUCAUUUCGCAACUCUGACCGACAAGACUCUGCUUCAGGAGCACCUUAAAUGGGCUCAGUUGGCCACACUUAACCCGGGGCGCAGCCACACCGACUUUAUUCCUGGAGAAGAUCAGGAGACCGAUAGCACUUACAGUCAGGUCAAGUUUUCUCCAAAUGUAGUCCGGCUUGACAUCUCUGCACCAGGAUUUCCCAAUUUUUCCUUCUACGAUUUGCCUGGAGUGAUCAACGUUGCCGAACUCGAUGAAGAGCGUUACCUAGUUGGGCUAGUAGAGAACCUCGUGAAGGAAUACAUCAAAGCACAAAAUUGCAUUAUUCUCCUGGCUCUGCCGAUGACUGAUGAUGCUACCAAUUCCAGCGCUGCCCGUAUCAUCCGCGACAUCCCAGGAGCGAGAGACCGUACUGUUGGAGUUCUCACCAAACCUGAUCGUGUUGAGCUCAAGAAUGGAAACGAGUACAACCAGUGGCGCGAGAUACUUCGUGGGGAAAAAUUUGCAACUGGUCAUGGCUAUUUCGUGGUUCAAAAUAACCCAGAUCCGAGGAUUGAUCAUGCUACAGCUCGUGCAGAUGAAGGCUACUUCUUCUCUAACCCCCCAUGGACGACAGAAUUGGCCGAAUACAAUGACAGAUUUGGCACUCGCCGUCUACAGACUGCUUUAUCAAAGUUACUCCUGAGAUUAAUCCAGGACUCGUUGCCCGGGAUAAUCAACCAGAUCAACACUCAAGCUCAAUAUGUCGACCAGGCGCUAGCUAAGUUGCCCAAUCCACCGUCCGCGAAUGUUGCGUACAUCUUAUGCCAAAAGCUUAAUUCUUUCAUGAAUAAUGUUCAAAUGCAUGUCGAUGGAGGUUCAGCCCAGUACCCUUUCCUGAAGCAAUGGGGUAUCAUCGCCUCCGAAUUCCAGCAGUACCUCACUGCCUCCAGACCAGGGCUGAAACUGAAUACCCCAUCCGAAUUUGUCAGCCCUGAAAGAAAGGGGGACGCCUCUGCUUCGAGCUCAAAGGUCCAGAAGCGGAAAAGUACCCCACAAACAAACGGUGCAGGCGACCUUAAGAAAAUGAAAAUCGGAGAUCUUGCCAAUGGUUCAACACCUGAUGUGUCGGAAUUCAAAGUUCAUGGUCAUUUUGACCACUUCCCUAAGCCCGCAAAAUCCUUUACGCUCCCCGAGGUCCGAAACAUCAAUGCUGACACGUAUGCAUCCGGUGUCCCUGGCUUAGGAAACCCCCAUGCUGUUGAAGCACUAAAUCGAAUCAGUGUUUCUCACUGGGAGGAUCCGAUGAAAAUGUUCCUUCUGGUUACAUAUAGAUUGAUGGCUGGGGUCCUCUUGCAUGAGAUGCGUUAUGUUUUUGGCCAGUAUGAGCAAACAGCCCUGUUUGAGGAGCUGAAGGUCAUCAUUAUGGAAUUCCUGGAAUCCAUUCGCAUUGAACAUUUUCAUCAGGCGGAAUCGGUUUUCAACAUUGAAUGUUUGAAGCCCUUUACUAUGGCGAAUGACCUAUUUCGACGUGGUCAAGAGGAGGCCUAUGGAUACUUCUUCCACAAACGAUAUGAAGCAAGGGUCACACAGUAUGUCAAGCUCAUUGACGCACAGCAGCAGCAAACCACUGGUAAACCCUCGCGAACAGACCCAAGCAAGGUAACAGAAAAAGAACUAGGUCCUGACGAAUUUGCAAAGGAGUUGGAAAUAAUGAGUGCAUCUCGCGCUUACUACGAUAUUGCAUCGUCUCGCUUUGUGGACACUACGUGCCAGGGUAUCCAUAUUAAGCUCUUCAUGCGUUGUAGGGACGAGUUGAGAGGGGAAAUCGAGCAGAAGCUCGGAAUUCUGAAUGAGAAUGCUUCUGAGCGUUGCACAGAAUUAAUGGCUGAGGACCGAGAAAGACAGUUGAGAAGAAUGCAUCUUCUGAAGGAAAAGGAGAAGCUCGACAAAGCUCAGGAAUGGUUGAAGGUCGCCGAAAAAACCCCGGAGCCCCUUUUCUACGACUCCAAUCCUUAA